AUGACUGAUCUAGCUAAAUUGACUCGAAAAAGGGGAAAUAUUAAAGGGCAGCUUACACGGUUAGAAACUUUUAUUCAGAAUUAUGACUCCUCUAAGCAUCAUGAGAUUUCGAUACGUCUUAAAAGAGCGGAGGCGUGGUGGGAUGAAUUUGAAAGCAUCCAGGACGAAAUCGAGGACCUGGAUAAUUCGGAUGAGCAAGUGGCUGAACGCGAUGAUUUUGGUACAAAGUAUUUUGACAUUCUUGGUCGCCUAAAUUUGCUUGCGCACGGUGGGAGUACACAGGACUCAACUGCUCCAAGAACGGAAGUACGUCUUCCACCAAUGGAAGUACCUAACUUUUAUGGUUCAUACAAGCAGUGGUUGGAAUUUCACGAUUCUUUUAAGUCCUUAGUAGAUUCGAAUUUGUCUUUAACUAAUAUUCAAAAAUUUUAUUAUCUAAAAGGGGCGCUUAAGGGUACGGCGGCUGAUGUGAUCCAUUCUUUAGAGGUGUCUUCAGAAAAUUAUCAGGUUGCAUGGGACCUUUUAAAGGAAAGGUUUGAAAAUAAAAAGUUAAUCGCUCUUAGUCAUAUUGACUCUAUUUGCAAUGUACCGGGUCUUACCAAGGAGUCUCAUUCCGGGUUAAGGAAAAUGUUAGAUGAGCUGCGUAAGGAUUUGAGGGCACUCAAAACUUUGGGUUUAGGCGUAGAACACUGGGAUCCAAUACUAAUUUACUUGCUUGAAUCGAAAUUGGAUCCUAUUACCAGGAAGGAGUGGCAAAAACAAGGUUCGGUCGAUAAAUUUGCUACGAUGGAUGAUUUUUUUAAAUUUUUGGUAAACAAAUGUGCAGUAUGGGAAACCAAUAUCAGAUCUUCAAAUACUGAUGACCAAGGGAAAGGGAAACCUCACCUACCCCCUCCCCGAUCUACAACUAAAACAUUUAGUUGCAUACUUUGUAAGGCAGAUGAACAUUGUUUACAGCAAUGUAAACAAUUUUUGGAUAUGUCGUUGGAGGACAAGAGGGGAGUGGUGUCAAGGUCAAAUGCUUGUUGGAAAUGUCUCAAACUGGGACAUAGGGUGCAUGCAUGUACAUCUGGAGGUUGUAGGCGUUGUAAAGGGAAACAUCAUCUUCUGCUGCAUGAUAAUCAGCACACAGGUAAGGAAACUCGGGAUUCCAAGGAAGGCGCAGCGGAAGGAGGUGGCUCAAAGGUAUUUAACGGUCAUAGUAGUGAAGAUAAAGGUCUCGAGAUGCAAGGUGUAAAAAAGGAAAUUACGGAGGUUCUCUUGUCUACUGCAGUUGUAAGGGUUAAGGAUAUAGAAGGUAAAUGGCAUGAGUGUAGGGCGUUGUUAGACUGCGGGUCACAGUCUUCAUUCGUGACCAAGGCGUUUCGUGAUAUAUUGAGGCUUCCAAUGAAAAGGAUAAACAGUUCAAUUAUGGGUAUAGGGCCCGAAACCAUGAGUAUUGAUCACUCGGUAGUUGCAAGGAUUUAUUCGACUCAUUCGCAAUAUAAUGCUGAAGUGGGGUUUCUGGUAAUCGAUGAGAUUUCUAACAACAUUCCUUCGGUUAGUAUUGAUUUAAAAUCACUUAAUUUACCUGAAAACAUUAAAUUGGCGGAUCCAUCUUGUGGUGAACCAGGUAAGAUCGAUAUGCUAUUGGGUGCUUCAGUGUUUUGGUCCGUUUUGGACACAGAGAAGGUUGAAUUAGGUAAAGGAUGGCCUCUACUUCAUGGAACGAAACUGGGAUUCGUGAUUGCUGGGACUAUGCAUUUAAAACCAGGGCAAAUGCAAGUGCAUAAGCAAUCACAACCAAAAAGGUGUCAUUUCUCAUCUAACUGUUCGGUUCAGGGGCAGUUAGAAAAAUUUUGGGCUCUAGAAGAAAUAGGUUAUGAGAAACGACUAACAAGGGAAGAAGAAGAAUGUGAAAGAUUUUUCGCGGAAACGACGAAACGAAGCGAAGAUGGCAGAUUCGUUGUCAAGUUGCCAAUAUGUGUCGGGGUACCAGAGUUAGGCAAUUCAGUCAAUCUGGCGAUAAAAAGGUUUUCUUCAUUGGAGAAAAAAUUAGAAAGGGACAAUGAAUUGAAGGAAAUGUAUCACGCAUUCAUAAGAGAAUAUCUUUCAUUGGGCCAUAUGUCUAGAGUAUAUUCGGAUAAGGAAAUGAAUGAACCGGUGGCGUAUUAUCUUCCACAUCACGCGGUUAUUAAGAAAACAUCACUGACCACCAAGCUAAGAGUUGUUUUUGAUGCCAGCGCACCAACUAACACUGGAGUGUCUUUAAAUAAUCAGCUAAUGGUUGGUCCAAAGCUGCAAGAUGAUAUUUUUGAUAUACUAGUACGUCUUAGGAAAUAUGCAGUAAUCAUAACAGCUGAUGUGGAGAAAAUGUUUAGGCAGGUUUGGGUUGCGGAGGAGGAUCAGGAUCUGCAAAGAAUUUUAUGGAGAUUUAACGCGGAUGAACCCAUCGGACAUUUUAAGUUAAACACAAUUACUUAUGGGAUGGCAUGUUCAGGAUAUUUGGCAGUAAAAUGUUUGCAACAACUCUCGGAGUGUGAGGAUGAUAAAGUAGGAAGGGCAAUCAUGAAGGACUUUUACAUGGAUGAUCUCUUGACAGGGGCAGAUACAGUUGAAGAAGCCCGAGAGAUUAAGAAAGGGAUCAGUCAGGUGUUAGCUUCGGGUGGUUUUAUCCUGAGAAAAUGGAGUUCUAAUAAACCAGAAACUCUGUUAACCUGCGAUGAGCCAAAUGUGGAGCAUUAUAUAUCAGGAGAUAGCACUUCGAAAACACUAGGUAUCAGAUGGAAUCCACACCUAGAUACUUUGCACUACGAUUGUCCUGAAGAUUAUGGUGUUUUAUUGGACAAUAAGGUAACCAAACGCAUAAUUUUGUCAUUGAUAUCCCAGAUAUUCGAUCCUUUGGGACUGUUGGCUCCUGUUAUUAUUAAAGCUAAACUUGUACUUCAACUAUUAUGGAAGGAAAAGAAACUAAAGGUGUUUCAAAUAGAACGGCAGGUUAUAUGCACAGGGUCUAGGGAUUUUCAGAUACAUGGUUUCUGCGACGCUUCGCAGAAGGCUUACGGGGCUUGUAUUUUUGUGAGAUCAGUAGACCAGAAGGGAGAUUGUCACGUAAGGUUGUUAUGUUCGAAAUCACGGGUUGCUCCACUUAAAGUAAUAUCUCUUCCCAGAUUAGAAUUAUGUGGUGCCCUUUUGUUGGCUAAGUUGGUUAAGGCAGUUUUACAAGCGAUCGAUAUAAAUCCGUCUCAAAUAAGGUAUUGGUCGGAUUCGUCCAUUGUGCUGUCUUGGUUGUCAAGGGAACCUUCGACUUGGACAACAUUCGUGGCAAAUAGGGUCGCGGAGAUUCAAACCCUCAGCGGAGGCAACCAAUGGGGUCAUGUACCAUCAGAGCAAAAUCCGGCGGAUUUGGUCUCCAGGGGUACUGACUGUGACAGCUUAAGUGAAAAUUUAUUAUGGUGGGAAGGCCCAUUCUGGUUAUCUCGCGAAGAGAAUUACUUUCCUCAAACUCAUAUUCCUAGUGUUGAUGUCAUUCCUGAGCAGAAGAUCAUAAAACAUUCAUAUAUCGUGACGGAUCUUAAUAAGGUGCUUAGAAGGUUCUCGAAUUUCAAUAAAUUACUUCGAACAUUCUCUUAUUGUUUAAGAUUUAUGCAAAAUUGCAGGGCUUCUAAAAGAGGGGAACCACCUAGAAGAGGUCCAUUAACGGUACAGGAGCUUGAUAAAGCAUGGACAGUGGUAAUCGCAUUAGUUCAACGUGAAGUUUUUGGUGCUGAAAUUAAGGCCAUAGAAGGGGGAUGCGGGCUGGAUAGACGAAGUAGAAUUUUGUCUCUUAAUCCGUUUUUGGACAAGGAUGGGCUAUUAAGGGUAGGAGGUCGGCUAGCCAAGGCUAAUCUUAGUUAUAAUCAGCGGUUUCCGGUAAUACUUCCAAAUAAACACGACGUCACGCGGUUAAUCAUUCUAUGUGAGCACUACAAGCAUUUACAUGCAGGUCCGCAGGCGCUUUUAGCAGUAAUGCGUCUCAAAUACUGGCCCAUAUUAGGUCGUCAAACAAUAAGAAGUGUUUUAUCGCGUUGUAUUGUAUGUUUUAGGGCAAAACCAAAGGAUUUUAGGCAAUACAUGGGGGAGUUACCAAGCAGUCGUAUUGUUCCAAGUCGGCCAUUCGAAAAUUGUGGGGUUGAUUACGCAGGGCCAUUUUUUGUUAAAUCAGGCACAGUUAGAAAACCUGUUAUUACCAAGGCGUAUUUAUGCGUCUUUAUAUGCUUCGCGACUAAGGCGGUCCACCUAGAAUUGGUCGUUGAUCUAACGACCCAAGCUUUUCUUAACUGCUUUAAGAGGUUCAUCGCACGUAGGGGACUUUGUAGGAAUGUGUACUCCGACAAUGCGACAAAUUUUAUAGGGGCUAAUAAUGAACUUACGGAACUUAGUCGAUUUUUACAGGAUAAGGGUAACCAGGAGGUUUUCUCACAGUACUUUACAAAUUCAUUUAUAAAAUGGCAUUUCAUUCCACCACGUUCGCCGCACUUUGGGGGUUUGUGGGAGUCUGCGGUGAAAUCCGCAAAGUACCAUCUAAAGAGGGUUUUAAAUGAUCAGAAGUUGACGUUUGAAGAGUUGUAUACAGUGAUAACCCAAGUGGAGGCAUGUCUGAAUUCCCGGCCAAUUACUCCUGUAAGUGAAUCUGCGGAUGAUUUGGAAAUUUUAACGCCAGGUCAUUUUUUAAUGGGUAGCUCACCCUCUGCUCUGCCUCAAGAAGAUAUAAAAGGUCAUAAUCCAAAUCGCUUACAAAGGUAUCAGUUAUUGACUCAGUUUAUCCAAAGUUUUUGGAAACGGUGGCAAACGGAGUAUUUGGGUAACUUGCAACAGCGAUCUAAGUGGCGAAUAAGAGCGGACUCUAUAAAAAUUAAUGACAUGGUGUUGGUGAAAGAAGAUAACACUCCGCCCAUGAAAUGGCAGUUAGGACGAGUAGUGGAGUUACACACGGGUAGUGACGGGAUAUGUCGUGUUGUGUCGCUUAAAACCGCUAGGGGUUUAAUAAAGAGGUCUACUUCUCGUGUAUGUGUUCUACCAUUUGAAGGCAGUAAUUAA